AUGACAGCUGCUCUUGACUCCAUUUCCCUCGACGAUAACCCUUCAGCGGCUCGAUCCCGUAAUCGUGCACCAUCGUUAUCGACUGCAUGUCCACCUGCAGGCGUCGUUCGACCUCCCACAACUACGUCUUCUUCUGGCAGUAGAGUUGGUGCUGAUCCUUUCCAUAACGCAAGUCAACUAUGCAAAAGGCUGUUUCGGUUACGGAUUACUCGAUUACUUGCAUGGGGAUAUCUUGCUAUAAGCAUGAUCGUUUUUACCUUUCAUUUGCCAUCUUUGACAUAUAAAUACAACCAUCAACAACAUGCAUCCUCUUCGACACCAGGUCUGAAAACGACGACAUUGCUGCAAAAUGUAAACUCACAGACAAUGAUCUCCUCCUCGUCACAUGGAUCAUCAGCAUCAUCACCUAUCGACGAAUUAUCCUACCAGUUACGACUAUCAAAAAUGUUCUCAAAGUCUUUGGGACGCAUGGAUCAUUUACGUCCUCAUUGGUUCAGUGCUACCGUUGAUCCUGAUCCACAAUCUCUCACACUUGCUACUGUACUCACUAUGGAUGAAUGGCCAAAUUUGAUUCGAUUAGCCGAGCAAUGGAAAGGACCCAUAUCUGCUGCCCUUCAAAUACCCACCGAUGGUACCAAUCUUGGUUCAGGAACAAUGUUGCAGCACUUGUCAAGCAUUCGAAGACACUAUGACACCAAUCCAACGCUCGCCCGCAAUGUGGAUUUGCACUUGAUUGCUCGCCCAACUUCUGGAAAUGAUGGCAGGAUACGUACAGGACAACAAGAUGCACGCAACUUGGCUCGCUUGUUUGCACGUUCACGUUACGUUGCUCAUAUCCCCGUAACCACUUUAUGGAUGACCAACCUUACAGCUGCGGUGUCCACCUAUCUCGAUCGCUUGGAUGCUGGCGACUUGCUUGUUGUUCCCACUUUUGCAUUCCCGAAAGAAAGUAACCGAAAGAUUGCUACGAUUGCAUUUGGUAUGGAAGAGGAGUAUCAUUGGCCGACCAGCAAGGCUGAAAUGGUGGAAUGGGUUGAUGACAAUCGCAUGGGCAUCCUUGAUUAUCAUUGGAACCUUAACACUGGCCCUACAUCUUACCCUCUUUGGCGUGAAGCAUCGGAGCCAUACUUGGUGCCCAACUACGAUUACCACUAUAGUCCUGUGUAUAUUGCCACGCGAGAUGAUCAUCCCUGGUGCGAGGAACGCUUCAUGGAUGAACCAUCAGCAUGUCUAUACUCGACUUACUUGAAUGGUGCCAAUCUUUGGGUGCUUCCAAAUGACUACAUUGUUCGCACAGGCCAAGAACCUGAGAAUAAGUUAACUAAGGAUGAGCGCAUCCUGCAGUUGAAGCUGUACAAAAACUACCGCAUCGAGCAAUGUGUUUUUUAUGCUCGUCAAUUUGAUCAAGUGGGCACGUUUAGCACUGAGCAAAGUGAUCACGUCCAACAAGAAUGUGUCAAGGAGCUGGGAAGUUUACGAAGACAAAAGAUGAUUAGUUCGGCAUUGUCAAAGUCACAUCACUAA